AACGACCCAGUAUCUCAGUCGCUUUGCGCUCAGUACAGAGAAUUUGUUCGGUUAGUGAACAGGUUAUCACGUGGCGUUCUGUAGUUAGAAUUCGAUAGAGUAGUUUAAAUACUUCCCAAAAGAGCGCAGCACUUAUCACGCUAGCGUUUUGCGUUUUUCCAUGGCAACCACAGAAGAUAACAAGCAACGUGUCUAUAGCCGUAAACAGCGUAUCUCGUGCCAUAAUUUUUGUGAUUUGUAACUACAACGGUAGCUAUCUUACUUGAUAAACAAAAACCAGUGAAAUAAUAAAUCGAUGUUGCUUUGGCUAGUGACGAAACACUAACUUUUUUGUAGUUCUGACACUGUGUUACUUGUAAAUAUUUGAAAAAACACUUACUUUUGUUGGAGUAUUGAGGAAUGCAUUAAUUUGACUCCUGAUGAGGAGCUUCAUCAGCCUGACACCAGGGGCGCUUGCUUUUAUGGGUUGGACUGUGUGGCCAAAAUGUGGGAAAUUAUUACAUUUCAUUUGAUAUUUAUUAAAUUAGAUUUAUCAUUUUUGAGGUGUUUAAAAAUGUUGUAUUGUUCAAGUGUGUUAAGUCUUUGGCUUUUUUGAAGAAUUUGACAGAUUUCAAUAUCUUUUUGUAUGUUUUUGUGAGUGUGUCCUGGCUAUUAAAUGUUCUGCAUAUGUGGAUUCUGAUUUUACAACAAAGAGUCUGAAUGAACUACAAAAAUGUUGAAACAUAAAUUGUUCACGAUAUAGUAAUUCAAUCACCUCUCACUUUCACCGUAUUAUUUCUUAUUUUAUAACUUGUAAUACCACGUGGUCAAAAAUGACUCCUGUUUUCUUCAAUGAUGAAGAUGAUGUACAACUAAUCAAGCUUGUGCGGUCCCAGAAUUUCCUAUGGAAUCUGAAGAAUCCAGACUUCAGAAAAAAGGCGAAUAGAGAUGCUACGUGGGCUCGAAUCGCUAAAGUGCUUAAUAAACCAAGAAUUGUAGUUCAAAAACGCUGGAAGAGCAUUCGCGACCACCACAGAAGACAAUUGAAGGACGAAAUCACAACAGGAACCUGCACUAAGAAAAGGGCCACCUAUUUCCCAUUGCUGAGCUUUCUAGAAGCCGACAGAGAAGAGGCUGACAACAGCUAUUUCGACGAGGACCUCCCGCUCUGUGUGGAACUGAGUCUAAUUCGAAACGAAGACACACCAGUCAGUGAAAAUUAUGAUUCCCAAGAAAACAACAACCAAACACCUGAUGAAGAUACACCAGACACAGAUGGACCUCCAGCUGAAGAUGGUGAUCCCCAAGAAAACAACAACCAAGUUCCUGAUGAAGAAACACCAGACACAGUUGAACCCCCAGCAAAGAGACUGAAGGCUUCCACGUCUUCUAUGGUACAACAUCUGGUGGAGUCUGAGGAUGACACUGUAAAGUUCAGGAAGCUGGUGCAGUAUUUGGUGGAAUCGAAGAUGUCACAGCCGCAGGAAGAUGACAUCGAUGUGUUUUUCAAAUCAAUGGCGAUGACUGUAAAGAAGUUCAAACCGCACCUCAUCUCUAAAACCAAGAUGAAAGUAUGUCAACUUGUUAUGGAGAUGGAGGCUUUGAAUGAGGAGAGCUAGACUAGGUUGUACCAGAUCGUCAUGGAUUAGAAUGGCUCCCCGGAAAAACAUUACAAGCGCCAUUUCUCAGAUUGUACAAGAACUAGAAAAACCGUUUCAAUUUUGAUUUUUUGGAUAUUUGAAAAGAAUUUUUAAUACUUCUCCUACCAAUAACUACUAGUAUAAGUUAUAAAAUUUAUCAAUAGAUAUCACUACAUGAUAGGCAAGAGCACAAGGAACGUUUUUCCAUGAAAAAAUCGAGUACUCAAAUUUUGGCGCUUGUAACGUUUUUCCGAGGAGCCAUUCUAUUAUUACAAAGACUGUUUGUUAUAUUUAGACAAAGACAUUCAGACAAUUUCAAAAGACAGUAAUAUUUAGACAAUUCAGAAUAGUCUGUAAACAAGCAUGUGUUGAACCACGAAGUAAAACAAACACAGGGUUUGUUAAAACUUUUGUUAAAACUGUCAAAUCUUUGAGAUUGUUAGUUAUAUUUAGACGAAUAAAUUCAGACAAUUUCUAAAGACAGUAAUAUUUAGACAAUUCAGAAUACAGUCUGUAAACAAGCAUGUGUUGAACCACGAAGUAAAACAAACACAGGGUUUGUUAAAACUCUCAAAUCUUUGAGGGUUUCUAAGAAGGGUUCCUUCUACUGUGGUAGAACAUUCUUUGUAUUAAUCAUUACAUAAUUUUUGCAUUUGCAGUACUUUGUUAAGAAAUCCAUUUUCCUCUAUUAUUCACCUGAAAGAAUACGAUAUCAUUCCUUGGGAAAUUCAUUAUUCGCUGGUAAUCCACAAAGACAUCUAUUUGUACGGUAUUUUCCCUAGUUGUUAUUGUUACUUACAUUGUUUUCCAAUCAUACGUACAUCUGUAGGGUACGAACAGAACGGUCAGGCUGAUAUGUAGAUUUCAGCUCGCUAUUGACCUUCUAUAUGUAUCUAUUACAUCUAUAUCAAUGAUCCAAAAUUUUGUUAACAUUGCACAGCUGUUAAGUUACAUCGAUCUCCACCUUAGACCAGUUAUAGAAUAGACACGGCCGAUUGCAUAUUCAUACUGAAAGUCGAUGAAGCCAACAUCUACUGCCAUAUCGCCAAAUCGUGACGUCAGCAUCGGAUAGAAAACUUUUCUGUUGAGUUUGUUCACAUUGUUUUCCAUAGCAGAUUGUGUCUAUUCCAGCGGGAGCGCAGCGGGAGUUUACCAUUUUAAUGAAUAAUAAUUUACAUCCUUCUGAAAUAGACACAAUCUGAAAGUUUUCUAUCCGAUGAUGACGUCACGAUUUGGCGAUAUGGCAUUGUUGGCUUCAGAGGCUAGACUUCCCAGCGUGUCUAUUCUAUAACUGGUCUAAGAUCUCCACCGCGACUUACUCGUUCUGUUCGCACCUUCCUGACAAGUUGCUUCUGAAUCUAUUUACAAAUAUUGAUAAACUUCAAUUUUUGUUUUCUAUUUUAUAAAGUACCUCACUAAUCUUGUUUUAUAAUUAUCAUAUAUGUUGAAUUGAUGAUUUCAUAAUCUAGAUAUGGAUCCGGUGAGUGGGGCUUUUUGUAGCUCUUAUACAUAUAGCUAAAAAUAUGUAUAAAUCAAUAUGAGUACAAUACACUUAUGACGUACGUCUCAUAUGAAUACGUUCAUGCUCAUUAUUAUCUUGUUUGAAUUGGUAUAGUAUCUCAUUCAAUUUUAUGGGAAUCAAACGGAAACCCAAUUAUUAUGUGGUUUAUUACUACGGUAUUUACUCUGUAGUAAAUUAUAUUUUGCCAUCGCAAUACUCUCCAAUAUCAUAUUAGCAACGAGUAGCAUAUAUAAUAAUAUGUUAAUUGCAUUACACAUCCUACUAGAAAGACUGAAUAGUAAAAAGAUUUAUUAUUGUAUUACUCAUUUCUAUUACGCUUGUCUAAUUUGGGAUUAAUAAAUCAUUUGCAUAAUCUGAA